CAAACAAUAACAAAACAGAAUAAAUAAAGGAAAUUAGACGACAGCGGCGUUGAUAUAUUGCAAAACCGGCGAUUUCCGGAAUGUUGCCGUCUACUGGGCUAUUCAAGGGAUUCCUCUGCCCGUAUUUUGAUGUCAAGGACGGCGGCGACAAUGCCUGCCGUCGUCCCUUUUGCCACUUCAAGCAUGUCCGGAAAGACGAUGUGGAGACUGCUGCGCCCGCCGAACCAGCUCCCGUUCCGGAGUACAAGCCGGCGCCCAAGCUGCUCUCCCUGCCUCUGCCCCACAUCCCGCUGUGCGCCCCCAAGAAGAAAAACAAUUUGGAGUACCAUCCGGAAAAGCCGGCUCUGGACGCCUCUCCGGCGAAGAAGAAAGCGGAUGUGGCCGUGGACAGUGCCCCGAUGUAUGUGCCCGCUCAGCCAUCCGUCUCAAAUGGAGGCGGUGCCAACGACGAGGACUGGCAGGCGGUUCUUGAAAAGGAGAUUGACGAGCAGAUUCAGAUUGAGAUCGAGGAAACGCCAUUGACUUUAGAGACAGAAAAAGAAAAGGACAAGUCAAAGGACCAUAGGGACAGGCAUAGCAGAGAUCACAAGUCCAGCAGGGAUCGGGAUAAUGAUAAGUUAAGGGAAAGGGACAAAGAGAAAGGCAGGGACAAGGACAAGGACACGGAGAAGGAAAGGAAAGACAAGGAGAAGCAUAAGAGCAAGUCAUCGCACAGUGACAAGGAUCGCUCGAAGGAGCGCCACUCCUCCAGCUCUAGUUCCUCCAGACACAAAUCGUCGUCUUCGUCCACUAGGAAAUAUUCUACCAGUGACAAGGAGCAUGAUGAGAAGAGCUCAGGCAGUAGGCACAAGAGUAGCUCCUCAUCAUCAGAUUCGAAGAGUCGCCACAACUCUAGUUCCUCGAGUUCUCGAUCCAAGUCAAAGAGCAGCUCUAGCUCAUCCAGCAAAAGCUCCAGCACCGGGACUUCCAAGAGCGAACCGGAAGCAGAAAAUCAACCCAAAGCUGCCUCUGCGCCCCCAAAGCCAGCUGAAGGACUUGAUGAACUGGAUUUAGACUUCGAAGUGGACACCUCCGAGGGAGAGAUCGUGCGCCAGUGUGAGAUGAUAUUCGACGAGCUGGAGACCAAGUUUGCGCAGAUGCACAAAUCCAAAGCCGACAAUGAGAGUGAAGAUGGUCCAGGUGGCUCCCGCAAACGUAAGGCCCCCUCUCCAGACAUCGAUACCUACACAGAGGCGGUAACGGCGGCGCUGCAGAAAAGGCGUGUGGCCCAUGAGAACGCCGACAAGAGUAGGCCAGUAGCGGCACCGGCACCUGCAGUGGGCAAACCGAAUCAUAUACGGAAUGCGAUGCAAGCUAUCUUCGACCGGCGGGCGGAAAUGCGCCGCCAGGAGAGGCUGCAGGCGGAGGCAGCUAACGAGCAACUGCGUCAGGCCCAGGAGCGGGUGCGCAAAGCUCAGGAGGAGCUCCGCCAGGCACAGGUUAACUCAAAUCUCACACCCCUUAUUUCACGCAGUGCCCUGACUCCACCUGUUCGCACAGCUCGUGGCAUCGCUCCCGUGGCUAACAUUGUGGCCAUAGCACGAGCCAAGAAGAAGAUCGAGGAGCUGCAGGCCGAGAAGAAACCUGCUUUUACACCUGCCCAGUCCUUUAAAGGUGCCGGUCGGGUUGCCCACAAGUCAACGGUUGCCCUGGACAAGAGUGCUCCGGCAGCCAAUGGGGUCAAUGCCGAGAAGCCAACCGUAUUGGAGCCACGCAGCUCUAAGAUAUCCUACAACGUGCGCACACAGUAUUACGAGAUGAUGGUGAAGCACUGCACCGUCAUCUAUCCGCAGCUGGCCGACGCUUGGGAGCGAGCGCAGGUGGAAGAGCUGGCAGUGUUCAAGAAAUGCAACACGGUAGCCAUCUAUAAGAAUAGCUGCCUGCUGGCGAUCAACAAGCUGCGGAAGGAGGCCGUUGAGGCUGGUAACCGGCCGAGUGCGGCCUGCAAGACGGUUUCCCACGAGAUGAUGCUGGGCGGCAAGAAGGCCCUUACUACAUCCUGGAGCGUCGAAAAGAAGGAAAAACUCGGGUUAUCGGGCAGCGGCGAACCAUUCGACGCUUUAAAUCCCCAGAAAGCCUACGAAAUGGUAUUUAAUUUGCGCCUGACGGACGAGCAACUGGUGGAGAACGGAUAUCCGCGUCCGGGGGCUAAACGAGGCUCGGCGGUGAUACGCGCCAGCCGUCCCAAUCGGCGACCCAACGAGAGCGAACGGUACUGCUCCCGUUGCGGCAAGGUGUUCAGCCUGAACAUUUACGACCGGCACGGAGCAGACAUGUGUAACUAUCAUCCCAAGAGCACUGGCUAUCGACGUGGAUUCACAGACAAUCAGCACCGGUGCUGCCAGCAGCCAGCAGGCACUCCGGGCUGCACCUACGCAAACUACCACGUCAGCGACUACUACGAUCCGGACAAGCUCACCUGCUUUGUGAAGACGAUCGAUCGAGAUGAGGAUUACGUGGCAACCAAGAAAGACAUCUUCGCCUUGGAUUGCGAGAUGUGCUACACAACGCACGGAAUAGAGUUGACCCGUGUCACAGUGGUGGAUAUUACAGGGCGCAGCGUCUACGAUGCUCUGGUCAAGCCGGACAACAAAAUUGUGGACUACAAUACGACAUACUCUGGCAUCACGGAGGCUAUGCUCUCCACUCAAACGCGCACGCUUCGCGAUGUACAGGCCGUGCUGAUGUCCAUGUUUCAUGCCAGAACCAUCCUUGUGGGCCACAGUCUGGAGAGCGAUCUGAAGGCCCUGAAAAUGAUUCAUGACGUCGUUGUGGACACCUCGGUGCUCUUCCCCCACAAGAUGGGGCCGCCCAAGAAGCGCGCUCUUAAGACGCUCUGUAUUGAGCACCUGAAGCGCAUCAUACAAGAGAAUGAGGCUGGUCAUGACAGUGCCGAGGAUGCGGAGGUGUGCAUUCAACUGAUCAAAUUCUAUCUGCGCAACAAAAUAAGCUGAGCUACUCACCCAGGUCACCUCCACCAGGAGCAAUCAGUUCAAAAGCAUUACAUACAUCUGUUAAUAUGUAUAACGCGUUCAUCCCGUAAUCAAAGUCUAA